UCUUGGUUUACAAUGCGUAAUUUAGUACAAAAUAUUGUCAAAUAGCGGCUAUAACUAUAACACUACUGCUUAAUGAACUUUGAACAUAUUGCUAUUUUUCGCGAACCCGCAAUUCGCAACGCUGCUUAUCGAGCUGAACUAGAAUGUGGAAUGUAUUUAUCAAAUUUAUAAAAUAACAACAUAUAACUUAGGAUGACACUUUUAGCAGAGGGUGCUAAUCUUGAAAAUAUUUUUCACCAAUGGAUGUUAUGAAUAUUUUGUUUCUUCUUUUGCUGGCAAAUCAAUUAAUAUGACAGAAAAGCCAUCACAAAAAAUGUAAUACAGAAAAAUUGAAAUACCAUUUCCAAACUUACUCAUGCUUUUAUUUUUGUGCUCUAAUGGGAAAUAUUCUUAAUAGAUUUUAGGAGCUUGCUGAUACCUUCUAUCAAUUGAACGUCAAGAAGCAUGUUGGAGAAAUGUUUGCAAAAUGGAGAAAUCGUAUUGUGAAUAUGGAUUCUUUGAUUGCCACAGGGUUAAAGAAGCCCUCAGGGUCACCUGGUUUUUAGCUAAUAAUAUCACAAAUUUAUGUUCACCAAAUGCUGACUUUUAUCAGUUUAGUAUAUAUGCUGAUGCCAUGACUUCACAAGUUACAUCCUCUUCAUUCUUCAAUAAGUACUUCUUUUGUCUCUAGUGGGGCUUAAGGAAUCUAAGGCAAGUAUUUUGGACCCUUUCUACAUUUAUCGAGUUGUUUUAUGUAAUCAUGUUGAGCAAAAUAUAAUGAUGAAUUCAUGCUUAGAACCUACAAAUCUUGAUAUCAAGAGGGAAGUGUUUUUGUCCUUGCUCUUUAAUUAUUGAAAUUCUUUUACGAACUAAUUCGAAGAGUAAGUCAUGAGACAAUAUGAUUUAGACGAAGAAGAUCUUCUUAAAGGACUUCCAAUUGAUCUUAGGAGAGACAUCAAACGCCACCUCUGUCUAGACAGUUUUGCUCCAUUGUUUGAUCAAAUCGAUCAGAUGAUGAUAGACGCAAUAUGCGAAAGACUAAAGCCUGCAUUGUGCACUGAAGGAACUUGUCCAAGACUAAGAAUUGGACCAGGUGAUUUCUGUGGUGAAGAACUGUUAACAUGGGUCUUAGUUCCAAGACCAAGUGUGAUACUCCCUUCUUCAACAAGAACACUUAAAGCUAUCUCAGAAGUUGAAGCCUUUGCACUCAUAGCUGAAGACCUUAAGUUUGUUGCAUCUCAAUUUAGAAGACUACACAGUGGACAACUUAGGCAUAAAUUAGGAAUUAUUAGAACAAGUUGAGCAUAAAUUCUCAAAAAUUUGGUUUUCCAAACUAUUUUCUAUUAUAAAAUCAAUUAUUU